AUUUGCUCAUGCACACAAAACGUAUUCAGGUUUUGCAGUGAAACUUAUCAAUAACCAGGUAGCCAUCAAGGGGUGUUGGUGUGUAUCUAACUCGUGAACGGAGCCUAAAAAGUUGGCCUUAGCCAAGGUUGUUCUUUCAGCGAAAUUGUGAGUGAAAGCGUCGUUGUAUCAAAGAUGGCGUGCCUUCUAAGCGCAGAACAGCAAGAGCUUAAACGAAUACAUAAAAAAAUAGAGCGGCAGUUGAGAAAAGACAAACGAGAUGCCAGGAGAAAACUAAAGUUGCUGUUGUUGGGCACUGGCGAGAGUGGCAAGAGCACGUUCAUCAAGCAGAUGCGGAUAAUCCAUGGUGCGGGCUACUCAGAGGACGAUAGACAGUGGUUUAUCAAUAUCGUGUAUCAGAACCUCUUCAUGGCCAUGAAUGCAAUGAUUCGUGCAAUGGACACGCUGAAAAUCAACUUUAACGACCCGAAUAAUGAAGGCAAUGCUAGCCUCGUUUGCCAGAUCGAUCACGAACACGAGACAGUGUCUACCUUCGAGCAGCAGUAUGUGGACGCCAUCAAGGCGCUGUGGGCAGAUAGCGGUAUACAGGAAUGCUACGACAGGCGGAGGGAAUAUCAGCUGACAGACUCUGCUAAAUACUACUUAGAUGAUGUUGAUAGGAUCGCUCAGCCUGACUUUUUGCCAACUCUGCAGGAUAUUCUCCGAGUAAGAUCCCCGACCACUGGGAUCACAGAAUAUCCAUUCAACUUGGAUAGUGUAAUUUUUAGAAUGGUAGAUGUUGGCGGCCAGAGGUCAGAACGGCGCAAGUGGAUACACUGUCUUGAAAACGUUACGUCCAUAAUGUUUUUAGUAGCGUUAAGCGAAUAUGAUCAGGUGUUAGUGGAGUCAGCCAAGGAGAACCGGAUAGAGGAAUCAAAGGCCUUGUUCCGCACUAUCAUCACAUACCAGUGGUUUCAAAACUCUUCAGUCAUAUUGUUCCUCAACAAGACGGACCUUCUAGAGGAAAAGAUUAUGCAUUCGCACUUAGUCGAUUAUUUCCCGGACUUUGAUGGUCCAAAGAAGGAUUCACAGGCUGCUAGAGAGUUUAUAUUACGGAUGUUUGUGGACUUGAAAAGAAUUAUCUACUCGCAUUUCACUUGCGCCACAGAUACCGAAAAUAUCCGGUUAGUGUUUGCAGUAGCGAAAGAUACUAUUUUACAGCGUAACUUGAAGGAAUACAAUUUAGUGUAAAAAAAAAGCGGCGAAACGCUUGUGGAGUCGUCAUGAAAAGUGACCUUGAUUUUUAAACCUUCAUUUCUACAUCGGUGUGACUGUUGUAAAAACAGUUAUACGGCGCUUGUAAACAAAAACACACACACAGUGCCCGGACGAAUCAUGCAAGAACGAUUAUUUUCUACAUGGAAACCGUUGCCAUAGUAGUUUUCUAUGACGCAAACAUGAUAGGGUUGUUCCGUCGUCUUUAAAGACUCAGCCAUACUAUG